CAAAAUCUCUCUCUCUCUCUCUCUUCACAAACCCUUACCAUCCCAACCUCCUUGACCGCGACUCCUUAAGACCUUCCUCGACUUCUCCGACUCGCCGCCCUUCACCAUCGAUCUCUCCUUCGAGUGGAUCCUCGACUCCCGUGACUCCGACGCCGAUCAGAUCAAGCUCAUUGAUCGCGCCCUGCAGUUGGGAUCGGUGCUCCUCGAGGUCGGUAAGAGCUCGGCGAGACGACGAGCCUCCAAGCACAGUGAUAGGCACCAGCCUGUGAGAGGUUCUCUCAUUAAAGAGAUUUUCAGUGUGGCGAAUGAGAUCCAUAGCUCAGCUACUAGGAAGAACAAGGAAUGGCAAGAGAAGCUCCCUAUUGUUAUAUUGAAAGCAGAAGAGCUUAUGUACUCUAAAGCCAAUUCUGAGGCUGAAUAUACGGACCUUAAAACGCUUUGGGACCGGGCAAAUGAUGCCAUUAAUACCAUAAUUCGCCGCGAUGAAAGCAUUGAAACCGGGGAAGUGUUACUUCAGCCUUGUAUUGAAGCGUUCUUGAUGCCUAAGUGGUUCGCAAAGCGUUUCUUACAUCCUGAUAUAGUUGAUCAAUAUAGUCGCAUUCUUCUACGGGAUGAGGACCUUGGAGUUGACAAUUUCAAUCCUCAAAGGUAUGUGUCCAUUAUUCGAAAGGAAGGGCUUGAAAUAUCACAACCGACACUUGAUUUUUCCAAGACAGAGGUGAACUACAUGGAAAAACUUUCGAAAGAGGAGGGGAUUCAGAAGAAACUCAGCAAGGAUAUUUUGCAAUAUAAAGCUCAUAUAAUCAAGAUAUUUGCGGAACAUAGGCACAAUUGGAUCUCUGCAGAUUUAGAGUUUUAGAAAUUUGCCUAGGGCUUAGGAUGCAAGUCACUGGUGAAUUGUAAACUCCAAUUUAUUAAAUAAAUUAACUUUUUGUAUCUUUUUAUGAUGUCACUGUUAUGUUUAGUUUUCCUUAAUAAAACAUUACUUUUAUAGAUCUUUUACAGCA